CGUCAAAAGAAGAAAACAAACAUGGCGUCCCUCAGCAGCGACGAGUGGACAGCAAUCUGCGAUAAAUAUACCAUCGCCCAAAACCUCACUGAAGUCACAUCUCGAAACGACCCAGAAAAUGACCCUUUUCGUUCCAAGUACAAAGCCAGAGACCUCCUCCGAGAAAUACACUGCUCGCUGAAGAGUUUCGAAGCCGGUGACGGGGAGGAAGACGGCGAGGCGCAGGGCGGCGACCAGCGGCCGACCGAGGCUCCGGUGGACGGCCAGCUCGAGGAAAUGUUCGAGCGGGGCUUCGACGGUGACUCGCCCAGCGGACACAGGACCGCGAGGCUCGCGGCGGUGGAAUAUUACCUGGGCGUGAACCAUGUGGACACGGAGGAGCUGUCGGCCGGCCAGGAGCACCUCAUGAACUGCAUGAAAUUGCUGGAGAAAUGCAGAGUGUCUACCGAGAAUGUGUCGUUAUUCAUUCAUGUCCGGAACCAGCUGGGCAUCCUCUGGGCAGGUCGGGAGGAGACUGAGAUGGCACAGGGAUUCCUGGAAACUGCUGAGGCCAUUUACCUGCGCUACAUGAAGGAGGAUGGAAGUCCUCCCACUGAUUUGGUGGAGUAUUUUGCUACCAAUGAGAAGCUGCUGACACAUCAGGAAAAGAACAAAAAGUUUGAGCUGGCCUACACACACACUAUGUAUUACCUUGCUCAGGUCUAUCAAAACCUUGGUCAGACAGAGCGAGCUGCUGCAUAUUGCCACAGCACCCUGCAGAGACAGCUGCAGUUAGGUCAGUUCAGUCCAAUGGAGUGGGCUCUGAACGCCGCUACACUGUCACAGUAUUACAUCACAAAGGGGCGAUACAUGGAGGGCAGACACUGCCUCUCAGCAGCCACCGUCAUAUCUGGUUUAGCAGGAGAAGUUCCAUCUGAGGCUGCUGCGCAAGAAAGUGACACAGAGCGUGAGCGUCGGGAUCAGCUCAGGCAGAAGAGAGCUGAGAUAGCAAGAUGCUGGAUCAAAUACUGUCUCAUCAUCCUUGAUGAUGCCAAGAAAGCGCUUGAGGACAACAUCGGUGAGCUUGAUACUGAUCUUCAGGAGGAGUUGAAGAGGAAGAGGAGGCUUGAGGUGGAGGAAGAAGAAAAGGGCAGGAAGAGUGCUCUGCUCUUUGGCUCUGAGGACACUUUUGACUCAAUCGCUAGCCUGGAGGAGAAGGUGAGCUGCUUGCUCCCGCUGGACUUUACCGAGGCCAGGAAUGUAUUUUUGGUGGGACAAAACUCUGUCACGCAGGCUAAGGAGUACUUUCAGAUGGAUGGCUAUGUGACGGACCACAUUGAGAUCCUGCAGGAUCAUAGCGCUCUCUUCAGAGCUCUAGCCUUCUUUGAAGAGGAUGUUGAACGACGCUGCAAGAUGCACAAACGACGGGUUGACAUGCUGGAGACCAUCUGCAUUGAACUGAACGCCCAGUACUACCUCAUGAUCCGCAGACAGCUGAUGUUUGAGCUUGCCGAGACCUACAACGAAAUGAUGGACCUGAAACUGACUCUAGCCAACAGACAAGCUGACACACAGUCUCUUGAUAACCACACCAUAAAGAAAUUCAACAGCCUCUGCUCUGCCUCCACCAAGUACUUCCAGAUGUUCCUAGAUUCCCUGCGUUCUCCGGAGGGGAAGUUUCCCGAGCACCUGGAGGAGGAGGUGCUCAGACCGGCCCUGGUGGCCCGCUUCAGAGUAGCCCGACUGCACAGCCGCCUGAUUUGCUCUCUCCCGCUUAUGCAGCUGGACAACCUCAACAACUCACUGGAAAACUACAAAUACAUCGUUCAGUACUGCGAAGCUCACCCUGAGGCCGCCGGCGCCGCGGAGUCUGAGCUGGAGUUGAGCAAGGAGAUGGUGGGCCUGCUUCCUCUCAAAAUCAACCGCCUCAAAGCGAGGAUGGCUGCUAACAACUGAAUUUUGGGCGUACAGUAUUUGAAUUUAUCAUUCCUCGUUCGUGCCGUGUGUGCAUGCUGUGUGAAAUCAAGUGUGUGGCCACAUACAGAGAAUACAUAUUCCCUUCAGUACAGCUUAAAGGGGACAUAUUAUGGAAGACUGACUUUAUAACAUCUUGUUUGCAAAUUGUUGUGGCUUGUCAUUGGCUCAGCACUAUUCGAGGUGGUGUGAGGCCUGGUGCACUGCACGAAACAGAUCUGCUCUUAAAAUUAACAAAUUCCACCAUUGAAAGUCUAAAAACUGUUAAAAUAUGAAAAACAUUUUCCUUUUAACAUAAACUAUAACCUAACCUUUACUAGGGAUGGAAAGUUUUUUGAAAACUGUCAAAACUGUAUGGUUCGACUGUUUUGGCUCUGUCCGCAUGUGUUCCCAUUCGGUUCAUAACGUGCGACUCACCUUUUUCCAAUGAGGCGACGGUGUUACGCCAAAGCACAGUAGCAAGUUAGCCAAGAUGGCGGUGCGGAUCGUCAUGUGGGUAAUGCGAUGCAGCUGCCAACAAUAUUGAACGGGGCGCAUCACCAGAGAUGUUGCUUUGGAGAGAACAGAUUCAGACCCGGGAGAAGCAGUAAGUUCACGGUGGUACUAUCGUGUCUUUUCUUUCCAACGCAAUAUCUCCGGUUCCUCGGCUUGGCUACUCGGUAGCGCGACAAGUUUCUCCAAGAAACCACGGUCAUGAUAUCGCUAUAAUGACUCACUGAGGUGUUUUGAUUAACACGGAAAGUUUGCUUCACCCGAGGAUACGCGAUGCUAGCAUGUAGCGAGCUAGCCUUUAAAAAGAGGGAGGCAUAAACACAAACUGUUGCAAUUCCCACACCAUUUUACCUGAUUUGGAUGUAAAUCCACUCAAAGCUGAAUUCUGCAGCAAACAUGUAUUGUUCAUUUCGUUUCAAAUCCAUUGUGGUGGUGUUUAGAACCAAAAGGAUGACAAUUGUGUUCAUUUCCUAAGUGUUUAUGGUCGUGACUGGAACCAUAUCAAUGCUGCUCGUGACAUAAAGAUGAAGUUGAGUAAACUUUAUGCAUAAGCUGAGCUCAUUCACGUAUCAUCAGUAGACCUUUGUUGAGCGAAGGCACCUAUUUUACAUUUGAAAAAUGAAAUGUCACGGUUACCAACCAAACAAAAAUAUAAAAUGUCUGAAUACUGAAAGCUCGUCGAGUUUAGUCACAAAUGUACUUAGUGUGAAAUCUAGGCUUGUUGAUGACAAAGCUGAUAUAUUUGCAGGAAGCCAACUUAUUGUGUUGCAUGAAUAGCAACAGGUGGGUACACAGCUUUAUUGUACCUUUUGCCAUCCAAUGGAAGAGCGUUUAAUUGUUAUGCCUGUCACUAAAUCCCACUGGCAUGAGUAGACGAACUAAGAUGUAUUUCUGAUUAAUUAAAAAAUGUAAUGAUCAUCCAAAAUGACACACAACAUAAUUUUCUUAAGAGUCAACGUGUACCGAACCGAAAACCGUCACCACAAAACCGAGGUACGAACGAUGUGUUUUGUAAACCUUUCUACCCCUAACCUUCACAAAUCACAGUGGUGGAAAGACACAACUGAAUAGCUAGAUUUAAUGUAUACAACACUAUUUAAGUCCUUUUGUCAUGUUUUUUUUUUUGUUAGUCAUGAUGAAGGAAUUCAUGUGCCCUUCUCUUACUCUUUCUCUGCUGAUUGAUGAACAACUUUGAGGGUCAAACACUUCACCAGUGGAUUGUAUUUAUGUGAUGCCUGGAUCGAUGUAAAAUACUUAAAAGCCUUCCUAUGUUUUGCCUUUUCAAACGUCAUGAUAUAGAUCCCCCCCAUCUUAAUAGCAUCAUGUCAAUGUAGAUAAUGUAUGCAAUGGUAAUAAAUCAUGCAGUUAUCACCUACAGUAGAAUGACUAUUUUCUGACGUUGCUUUUAUUAACCUAUCCAUUUUCAAAACCACUUCAGCGCUGCACGGAGCUGGAACCUAUCCCAGUUGACUUCAGGUGAUCACAAUCUGGAUUCGUCAACAGUCAAUCACAUUGCACAUAUAGAGACGGACACGUCCUUUCACACUGUUACUGAGUGGAAAAUGAACUCAUGGUGACUGCACUGAAGUUAGGCGAGUGAACUAUUACAUCAUCAGUGGCUGCUUAACUCAGAAUUUCCAAUUUCAUUUUAUAAUGACCCCGAGUGUGGGAGGUGACCAAAAACCAGGCGGGGACAUAAACUCCACAGCAGGCCCCACAUUCCCACAGGGGACCACCUGGCUCCCCCACGGGAAGAGGAAGAGGAAGAGAGGUGGCCGCGGCAGGACGCAAGGAACGGAGAGAAGAGGGAGGAAGCAGGCCCGAGGAAUGACGGGGGCCCCACCAGUAGCCAGAGCGGGGGACUCAGGCGGGCACCAGCUGGCACCGCCCUAGCACCCGCGGAACAUGGGCGAGUCACCAUCAAUGCUCCCCGGACGGUCAUCCCAGUGGUUUCCGCCAACCGAGAUUGGGAAGGAGUGAAGAAAGUCCCACCCACACACACGCCGGAACUGCAAACACAGGGACAAGAGAAGAAGAUUCUCUACACCAUGCAAAUUGAUCUAAACUGCGAGAAAGGAAAACAAAAUAAUUAUAAAACAACAAGCUCGACAACAAAGAAUACAGAAGUCAAAAGUUUACUUGUACACGUACAAAAUAAUCUUAUUGUCAUUGUGAGUGGAAUUGAUUGCAAAAGAGUCAGACGCAUGAA